AAGUGGAGGUGUGUCUUCAACGUGUAGGCUGUGAAGCUGCUGCCUUGGAAGAACAAGGAUUCUUACAAGGGGAAGGGGAGCUUUCAGGUCUUACUUGCCACAAUGACGGACAGAAGCCCUUUUGAGACAGACAUGCUGACCCUGACCCGUUACGUUAUGGAAAAGGGGCGACAGGCCAAAGGGACUGGAGAACUCACCCAGCUGCUCAAUUCUAUGCUGACUGCCAUCAAAGCCAUCUCUUCCGCUGUGCGCAAGGCCGGCCUGGCCAACCUGUACGGGAUUGCGGGAAGCGUGAAUGUGACAGGAGAUGAGGUGAAGAAACUGGAUGUGCUAUCCAAUUCCCUGGUCAUCAACAUGCUUCAGUCCUCCUACAGCACCUGUGUGCUUGUCUCUGAGGAGAAUAAAGAGGCGGUGAUCACAGCCAAGGAGAGGAGGGGGAAAUAUGUGGUUUGCUUUGACCCACUGGAUGGAUCUUCAAACAUUGACUGCCUGGCCUCCAUCGGAACUAUAUUUGCUAUCUACAGAAAGACCACAGAGGAUGAGCCUUCUGAGAAGGAUGCCUUGCAACCUGGCCGCAAUAUCGUGGCUGCGGGUUAUGCACUGUAUGGCAGUGCAACCCUGGUGGCUCUUUCCACAGGGCAAGGAGUGGAUCUCUUCAUGCUGGACCCGGCUCUUGGAGAAUUUGUGCUAGUGGAAAAAGAUAUCCGGAUUAAGAAGAAAGGGAAAAUUUUUAGCCUCAAUGAGGGCUAUGCCAAGUAUUUUGAUGCUGCUACCACUGAGUAUGUACAGAAAAAGAAGUUCCCUGAGGAUGGCAGUGCACCUUAUGGGGCCAGGUACGUGGGUUCCAUGGUAGCUGAUGUGCAUCGCACCCUGGUCUAUGGAGGGAUCUUCAUGUACCCAGCCAAUCAGAAGAGUCCUAAUGGCAAGCUCCGGCUCCUGUAUGAAUGCAAUCCUGUGGCCUAUAUCAUCGAGCAGGCAGGAGGCAUGGCAACCACAGGCACCCAGCCUGUACUGGAUGUGAAGCCUGAGAGUAUUCACCAGCGAGUCCCCCUUAUUCUGGGAUCCCCAGAGGAUGUGCAAGAAUAUCUCAGCUGUGUGCAGAGAAACCAGGCAGGCAGGUAGUGAGCCUGAACUCAUGAGCCCGCUUCCCUUUGUCUUUGUCAAAUGAAAAACUAGAUGAAUGAUCAAUUGGAGAUGGGAGGAAAAGAAAACAAGCCAAGGGAGACAGGUCACUUUCAGAACAGCGCCUUGCUGCUAAGGACAGGGUUAGAAGCCAGAGGUAAAGGUAUGUUUGAAGGGCUAAAAUAAAAAUAUGAAUGUGAAAAGAA